AUGUUUACCCCAACUACCAUUCCAUAUUUUACUCAAUUCUACCCUAUUGGGAAUACACCCGCCGCCAGUCUGACCAGAGGCCUACCCCAGGGGUUAGACGCUGAUAUCCUCCUUCUUGGAUGUGGUGACGUCCGAGAUAUUCUAUUCACGGCGUACUCCGAACGAGGGUUUCUAGCAAGAAAGCUUGAUAUUACAUGCUGCGAUAUUGAAACCGCCAUAAUAGCACGCAAUGUGCUUCUCUUCACCUUACUUGUUGAUGAUAUCAGUGCUGAUAGUGCAUGGGAGAUAUACUUCCAUUUUCGCAUCGACGAUUCUUCCAAGAAAGUCAUCAAAGAUCAGGCACAGAAGCUAUUGUGCCUGUCGGACAAUCUCGAUCAGUGGAGCGAAGGACGUUAUGGCUCGAUGCUAAGGUUCUGCGAUGGAAAAUCGCUACAGGAAGUUAGACAGGUCUGGAUGAAGUAUGCGUUAGACCAGCCUAAGACGAAUGCGAGUUUCGAGAAAGACUUUGAGAAUACCCGAAGGUUACUCAGGCUCAUGAACGGUCCGUCUGAACGCAUCAUAAAUGGGCUCAGAUCCGCGGCACCAUUGUCACUCUCGUUGAGAGGUCAAGUUUUGGAGGCCAAUGAACUCUUCUGGAAAUAUGGUAGUCUUUCCAAACACCCGGGGACAGUUCCCAACCCAUUAUUCUCCGAGUCUAUGUCUACGGACAACUAUCUUCACUAUGGAACAAACCCCAUUCUAGGAUUCCAUCUUGCAACCGCCAAAGCAAAUUUGGCGACGGGGUCACCUCUUUAUCCCGAAAAAGAUCACAGCGAGAUCCUCGAUGUUACUGCUGCAGCGAAGACUCAGUUUCGCGAAUGGGUGGCGGCUUUCCGAGAGAUAUCAGAAACGCGGAUAACUCUUAGGUUCACUGUGUCAGACGCCUUAUCCUUUGGCCACGCCUUGCAAGCCAUUUCAAAUUCGAGGGGCAGUUCAACAUGUCUUUUUCGUCGACAAUUUGACGCAACUCCUAUUGAAUUCGACCCAAAAGCUUACGCUACACUCAACUCAACACCCACCAGAUUCGACAUGAUUGAUACCUCGAAUCUUGCUGACAGCCUUGGCGCACUAAACCUGUUAUUAGCAGCCGCACCCCUAUUGAAGGAAUCAGCAAGCUCCACCCUAUGGAUGGAGACAUUGAUCAGAACGGAAAAGACACAAAACAGACCAUUCGAUGCUCUGCUUCCUGGUCAUGCCCUGACAAUAUCCCUACUUCUUGGUCUGAGUCCAGUCGAAUAUUGGACGAAUGCGACAUCCGUAUCUUACGUAGAUGAAAUCAUCGUGAACUCCAUGGGCUCGUCCACCGACGCCCAGCAAGCGUAUUCGAGGCUAUCUUGGAAACGAAGUACAUCUUUCUCCCACCUACCCAGUGGUCUCGAGACUCUAACCGUUGUGCCAAAUACACUCGCCAAUGUAGUGUUUCAAGCUUACUUGGAAAUGUUCGAGAAUGAAGACGGUACACCACCUUUAGAGGCAAGCCAACAAGAAAUGGCAAUAAAGUUUUUACGCCAUAAAUGUCCAUUGUUCCACAGAGGCAGUUUCGUACUGUUGAUAAAAUAUAUCCAGAAGAAUAUUUCUACAGCCUGGCCGUCUUUCUGGGAGAAUUUGUUAAAGAUGAUAGACCAAGAUAAUGCAGACAAGAAUACUAUGCGACGUCUGUAUCGCCAUGAAUUAGGCGCCCAGCUACAUGUUCAAGGCCUAUAUACCGAAAGUUGGAUGAAAAAGCUAAGGCCGAUACCAAGCGCGGGCAGUUUCAACGCAUGGAAAAAUAUACCCGAAGUAGUCUGCGUCACGGUAGUGGUGCCGAGAAAACACGUUGACAGUCUACGCAGCACUAAAGAGGACGAACUUAACGCGCCAACAUUCGAAGGAGUACUCAGGUUGAGCGGUCAACUGGGUUGGGAGCAUUUCUUUUCUGGCGUGCACGCUGUAUUUGGACAAGUUGAAACAUCAGGUGAACGCGAGAGCGAGAGUUUCUCGAUAGCAAUCCGCCAAGAUCCUCAGGGCUGGCAGGGAAAGUCACCUCUGAUAGCUUUCUUUUACGUACCAACCACUAGCCUUCAGGCUGAACCAGAAGAUACUCGAGUUGGUCUCCGUUUUCGAGACACACCUGUGAAUGUCCGCGCUCUUAAACACCUUUUGCCCAACAUGGGCGUAUAUGAGACAGGAGUCAAGGAUACUUCCAAUGUUUUUAUCACGAAAUAUGAGCCAGGAAUGAAUGGUUAUCCCUUAGCAACUAGCUACGAGGAUCCUAUAGUUAAGAACGCUGCGCAAACGGAUACACAAACAGAUACAUUUCCAAGCGCCCGGAUCACUGCGAAUUUUGAAGAUGGCAAGGUCACUUCCUUGUGCAAUCAUAUUGAUUUCUCCUCACCAGAGACUCAGAAGCUUCUAACAGAACAUGUUCCGAUACAGUUACGGCAAUCAUCACCAUUUUCAAUAGAUAUCGUAUUUGGAAACGGACUCCUGGUUCAUAUCGCGUCAUUCCCAGCCCCAGUCCUCAAAGAAACGGCCAAGACACGCAUCGCGCGUAAAUCCUGUUACAUUGAAGUCAUCGCACCCCUUGCAGACCCCUUGGCUUCGGAGCCGUUGUCGUCUUUUAUCUACCCCAUCACUCUCGGGGAAAACUCUGUGCCCAUACCGCUUAAUAAUCAACAAGUCAACCUAGAUUAUUUACCAAUCCUCGAUGUGGACGAAGCCUACAAGAAGGAAAACCGAUGGCUAGAAACACUUGCGUCUCACCAAUUCUCCGUACGCGAGCGACGACUGCGAGAGUCGAGUGAACUGCCUUCGCUACGCAUGGAAUUUAAAGAGUCGCUCUUUUCCAUUUUCAUGUUAGCCUCGGGACUCCAAGGCGGGAAUACCGGGCUGUUCGCUCUUCAGAAUCCCGUAGAUGGAAUUCAAAUUCUUAUCUUCGUCCGCGCCAUACGGAUAAAUGGCGCGGAGGGGUCCGUAGUUGCCGAUGCAGCGGUUCUUCCUAUCACUAGGCAGCUGAUAGACUCCGGGGAGAUUGAGACAUUUCUUUAUAUCCUUCGGGAACUGCAGAUAUGCUCCAUCGAUGUUAACGAUGAGGAGCUUGUGCUCUGGAAAAAGGUCCUGCCCGCACUCGCCGAGCGGUGUCGCACAUGGAGUCACGGUCCGGAUUGCGAAUAUAAAAAGCCUCGUGCCACAAUCCCGCUUAGUACGGAGAUGGGGAAACAGUUCAUGUGCAGUUGCGGUAAUGGCAAACUGCCCGAGGGUUUUAUGAACCUGCCGGAAUGGGAAGAUGCGGCAUCCAAGCAUGCGAUCCGAGUAGCAAUCAGCCCGACCUUCUCGGUGCCGUUUGUGGAGAAUAUCGUGGACCUAGAUCUACUAAAGGCCCAAGGAAGCCUUGAGCGCUUACACAUGGACAAGUGUCGCAACUGCAACGCAACGGAGGCCAAGAACGGAAAGAACCUCCUAAAAUGCUCGAGAUGCAAGGAGGUUAUGUAUUGCUCGUCGGAGUGCCAACGUGCGGAUUGGAAGAAGCACCGGAUGGAGUGCAAGCCUUACGAUGAUGAAUUAUAG